AUGAUGAACCGCCCAAAUGGGACCAAUGAGAGAGGGAAAGACACAAAAUCAGUCGCACUGAAGGAGCCGAAGUCGAAGUCGAAGUCGGACACGGACACGGACCCUCCUCAACAAAAAGAAUCUCUAACCCAGGGAGACAUCGAUAAAAAAGGGAAAGCCUCCCCGGCAGGCAGACCAAACAAACCAAUCAGAUCAGUGCAGCAUGAUAGAGACACACCACCCAUGAGCUAUCCCCAUAGUGGGUACCCUCCCAUGAACGGGAAGAAACAACACCCCAUUGCUAAUAUGAACGAACAUUUAAAUAACCUUAACGGAGUUACGAAUAGGGACUCCCUCGUUGAACAUCUUAACAAAAGGGUACUGCCCGAGGGGGGGGAAGACUCCCCCCCUAGACACCGCACCUGGUCCUCAUCGAUAAAGCUAGACAACCCAAGAGAGGGCAACCCAAGAGAGGACAGCCCAAGUUGGAAAAACUCGCAAGAAAAAAAAAAAAAAAAUACUUCCCUAUUUGAAAAAUUCAAACAACAAGAAUUGAAUUCAAAACAACGUUCAUGGACCCCCAUCGGAUUGAUUUUAGCUUACACAAUUGUCUCCGUUACUUUUAUCAUGUUGGGUAUGCUUUUCAUCGCCUUGUCUGCCACGAGAAAGGAGUGUAGAGUACCCUACGGGGAGCAGGACGUAAAAGCACAGACCAUACAACUAGAAGUCAGCGAAGCCUUCUGUCAGGGACCAGAAAGGCCCUUCCAUAAACACGCCUACGUUUACUAUGAGCUCCAUAAUUUUUAUCAAAACCAUAAGAAAUACCUCAUUUCGAAGUCGCACAACCAGUUGAUGGGCACCGUGUACACCCGGCCAGACGACCUGGCGCAGUGCUUCCCCGUCGCACAGAACAAGGAAGGAAAGGUGCUGCACCCCUGCGGCCUCAUCGCACGCAGCGUCUUCAAUGACACCUUCGCUUUGUACAGAGACAAAACAUACAACGAAGAGAUAGAACUCGACGAAUCCAAAGAAGCAAUCACCUGGUACAGCGAUCUGAAUAAGUUUAAAAAUCCAUCACAACAGCAAAUGGAUGAACAUAAAGAACAGGUGGACUUCUGGCUCAUGCAGCAAAACUAUGUUAAUCUCCUCAACAUGAAUGAAAAAAACGGAUUCGGUGUAGAGAACUCUCACUUUAUUGUCUGGAUGAAGACGGCUGCACUCUCCGAGUUCCGCAAAAGGUAUGCUAGACUCAAUGAGGAACUCGCUUUGCCAAUCUAUGUCAAAAUAAAGAACAAUUUCCCCGUGAAGAGAUUCCAUGGGAAAAAAUAUUUAGUCAUAGCAGAGGGCUCCGUUUUCGUUAAUGAGAAGUCUCGAUCCUUCGGCGUGCUGUACGUCGUCAUCGGGGUCGUGUCCCUCUGCAUUGCCCUGUGCCUCGUGUACAACCAGUUCAAGCACCCUCGUAUCAUGGGGCACAUUUAG